UCCAGGAAUUGGUUCGGGAUUUGUCUUAUAAAAUGUGGACUGCAGCAACGCCUCACGACUUUUUCUCUCCCACAAUGCUUUGCGGUUUGUGUUUGUGGUAUGUGUGUAUGUGCGUGUUCGCGUGACUGUGCGCUGUCUGUGGUGCUGAAGCUGCUCCUGCCUCAGAAGCCGCUACCAUAGAAAUCCAGCCGAGCAUCCCUCCACCAGAGGAGCUGAGCCAGGGAUUGGAAAACUACCUUUUCUUUUUAAAGACAUCAUCUCACAGCAGUGGCGCUCCUGAGGCUCGUCGUCUUCCCGGAGCCUCCGCCUGAUCAAACCGCCUUCGCCGCUUUCAACCCGCAUCCUUUAUGCACAGCACGCUGCUCCAGUCCUCCCCGACGAAACACACGUUCGCGUCUGAGCACCAUGGCCGGCGCCAGCCGCCUUUACUGAGGGAGAUGGAUGCGAAGCAGCACCCGAUCAAGAGCCUAAAAAGCUACCCGGAGACCGGCGGUCGGAGUCUGGCAGCAGCCGCCGGAGGAGACGGAGGAGGAGGAGGCCACCGAGCCGGCUCUAGCGACAUGGACAUGGAGGCGAAGAUCCAGAAAGCCAUCGACUUCAAGUUGGAAGGGAACCGAUGCUACAAGGAGAAGAAAUUUCGGGAAGCCAUAGGCAAAUACCACCGGGCACUGCUGCAGCUGAAAGGCGUGCAUGUUGUCGACGGGACGACGGGCUCCGUGAACCCACAGAACCGCGCCGCGGCCAAGCUGACCGAGGAGCAGCGCAGAGCCGUGGAGAGCACCGAGAUCGAGUGCUACGACAGCUUGACAGCGUGUCUGCUGCAGUCUGAACUCGUCAACUACGAGAGGGUGAAGGAGUACUGCCUGAAGGUGCUGAGCCACCAGAGAGACCACUUCAAGGCCAUGUACCGAGCCGGCAUCGCCUUCUAUCACCUGGGUGACUACGAAUGCGCGCUGCGUUACCUGCGUGACGCCAAGAACCGCGAACCCACAGACACCAACGUGCUGCGGUACAUCCAGCUGACGGAGAUGAAGAUGAGCAAGAGCGGACAGCGGGAGCGAGAGAGCGGCAAAGAGACCCUGGGCUAACCCUUGACCCUUUCAUCCUCCUGACCCUCUGACCUCUGACCCAGAAUGACCCUCCUUGGUUCCACCUCCUCCAUCCACUCUGACAGCGGAGCAGCCCACAGACCCAUGAGACAGUCCCAACCCGGCUGCCAACGAUGGACAAAGAGAAGGAAGACAUGUCAAGAUCCGUCCGCCACUGCAUCUGUCUCUCUCACCCUCUCCCCUCCUCCCCCCUCCACCUCCCUCCUCUCCCCCUCUUCUCCCUCAGGUGCUGUGGUUCCUUCAUUUAGAUGCAGACAAGAACAAGGACGGAGGAAAACGGUGUAUGAUACUCCUGUGACACGGCUGUUACUGUGGGCUGCAAAAAAAAGGGAUUCUUCAGAAACAUAAAUAUCAGAUACAUGCUUAAUUUAGUGAACAUUUAAAGAAAAAAGAAAAAAAAACAGAAAUGCAUUUUGGUUCUGCUCACUUGCUUCUUUUUUUUGUCCUGGCCUUCCUGACCAGUCCAGAGGACAUGAGUGAGUUCAGAGGAAUCUUAUGGGGGGAAAAAGUGGGGGACAACAUCUGGACCACAACAUCUGGACCACAGCCCCGCUUGUGUAUCAACCCCAGCAAGAGUUACUCUGACCUUUGACCUUCUGGGACAGUAAAAAACAAUAUUCAUGAAGUAGAGAAUUGGCCUGUCUCUGUGCUCGGUCUCUGUUUACGUCACGUUGUAGUUUCUGGACUGUUGUUUGAAUUCAAGGGCUAAUUUCAAUGUUUAAAAUCUGUAACUAGAAAUUGUUUUUUUAAAUUAUUAUUAUUAUUAUUAUUGUUUCUUCCAACUGCAUCCAUCGCACUGCAGUUACCGACUGGACGGUUGUGUUGUCUCUUUUGGCUGAAGCCCCCUCUGGGACUGUGUGUCGUUGAUGUUUUUGACUGUGGAAGCACAUCACCCCUCCUCCCUUCAUCCCUCCCAUCUCCUUCCCCAUCAGGUCUCCCAAUGAUGAUGUCACAUCGGAAAAAAAGCCAGUGUUACCUGGGUUCUAUUGAUCCUCCAUUGUUUAUCUGGAGAUCCACUCUCACGGGUUCACAGUGAGAAACACCUUCUCAAGGUCUCACGCCUUCUCGCUGAGGCUUCGCUCACCAAACACCAACACACAGGGAAAACAAUCACGGACUCUUGUGUUUGGAUAUCCCCAAACCUCCUAAUCAGAGCAAGCCGUUUGAGAUUCCUGCCUCUUUCUGUUCACCGUGCGUCAUUGGGUAGAAACGUGUGUUUGGACACUCCUGUCAACAUUAGCUUCAGACGCCCCUGGCCACAGCAGCAAAGCUUUCUCACCGCUCUUGUGAUUCGUGAGCCUCAGUCACUGAUAAUGCUUCUAUAUUAGCUUUAGCGUAGGCCGCGAUGUUUGGCACAAGGCUGAACUGAUGAUUCCUGAAAGCAUGUCCUGAAGUGCGAUGACAUAAAACCCCACUUCCUGUUUCCCAUGUGCUCGUCCACACCUUUCUGCAUGUGUUGCUUGACUCCACAGAUGUCAGAUGUCAGCGGGGGGGGGGCAGCUGGGAGGGUCUGGAGGGUCCAACCUGCUGCAGCGCUAAUGGACAUGGCAUGCUCCUGCAAAACAAGCAGUCCAAUCUUUUUUUAUAUAUUCAUUCAGUCCUUUGUUAAGGCCAGUGAAGAAACGAAAACAUUUGCAAGGCGGAGGGUCUUCAAUAAUGUAGCGUCACCAUAUUAUUCUGCAAACUGGGAGAAAACAGCCUCCCCUGCCCACCUCCUCCAUUUUUCCAUUGACCUGACUGAAGGAAAUAGGGGACCUAAGUGUGUCAUUGGGGCUCUGGAGAGAUGGCACUGAAGCGCCGAUAGUUGGUCCAGUGGAGGGAGAAGUAGGCCAUCGUCAGCCGCAGUAAAGCAGCACCUGCAGCUCCCACUCUGGCAGGAGAGGCACAUUACAGAAGUUUUAUUCAUAACUAUUCACUGUAGAGAUGAAAGAUGUAGAUCAUGUCAGCUGGUGGACACAGGAAGUCUGAUGAUGGACAGAAGCGCUCUGCAAGUUUUUAUAACUGCUUUCCUUCAGAUCUUAAAGAAAAAGUAUUCUGAUUAUGAUCCCAUUUAGAGAAAAAACAAGUCAAAGCAGGGGUGUAAAUUCAAUUGGAGAAAAGGUGAAUAUGAUUGGUCACAGUGUGUGAUUGACAGCUGCAUUGCUCAAUAGGAGCCGGGUCAUAUUGUCAUAACAUCAGGGUUUUUAGCCUAAUUAUCGAUGCAGCUGUCAAUCAAAUGGACUAGCCAAUCAUAUUAUUACUGUAGAGCUUCACCUAAUUGGGGUUUUGUUUUUAUUUACAUGAGAUUUUAAUUUCUAAAAGUGACAUCGAAGUUACUGUUAAGUCAGAAAUGGAAAUGAAAUCACAUUCUAUAGAUUCUGGAAACACAUUUCCAGCAUUCUUUUGAGUUCAGCCCUGCAACAAGAGCCUGUGAUGGACGUAGCUCUGCCCAGUUCCCAUAUAUAGUCUAUGGCUUGGCCAGAUGGACAAAUCUAUCUAUAUAGAAUGACAUAUAUAUAUAUAUAUAAAUAUAUAUCUUCAUAAUUUUUCAAAGAGUAACUAAGGACAUAAUAUGUGUGAUUUAAACAUUAGGUGAGUGACUAAACACAUAAGAAAAACAUCUGGUCUAAUCUCACAUCUCUAAAAAAGAAAACACAAGACAACACAAGUGGUUUUUAUCUCUUACAAACAAGCUAACAUGUUAGCUUUAUAGGUAAGACCCUGUUGGAAUUGCUGUCAAAAUGUUGGACUCUUAUAUAAUUACCUUUCUCACAUCUAUGAUGAGGAUGAUGAAGGUGGCCUCCCUCAGCCGAUGUACAUGAGAGGCAGAAACCCUCCUCCCUGCUGAUGUGCCUCUGAGCUCUGUGCUCCUCUCUCUCUCUGACGCUGCUUUCCCAGAGGAGAGAACUCAAACAAACAACAGUGAGGAACGGCACCUGCAGGCUCCAUCACCAUGGCUGCUUGCGCUAUAACUGCUCACCCACUGGCCCCCGGGGGACUGGUCUCUUCCCGUGGCUCUCUCUCCAUGGCACCGGUCGGCCAUCUUGUUUCUGUCUUGCUGCGCUAAGUCAUUCUUGCUCCUCGCGCGCCACCACCGUCUCAUCAUAACUUGCUGAACAAACUGCAGACUCACCCCUGGCUGGUGUUGGAUUCUUAGCAGAGCUGCUGUGAUUCUGACAGCACGCCGUCUGCACAAGUAGACAGACCUGAACCUCGACGUCAGUGUAGCUUUGAAAAACGUACAAACAAAAAGCACAAAAAAAAAAAAAAAAAAAACAGAAGGGG